CCGCGCGCGCUCUCGCCAUGGCUCGGUGGCUGAAGGCCCUGGCGACGCUGCUGCUGCUCGCCGGCGCCGCGACCGCGCGCAAGUCGCCCGCCGCCCCCAAACACGAACCCCAGAUCGAGGAGGUCACCGCGAAACAGUUGGAGCGUGUGCUGGAGGAUAAGGACUUCGUCGCGGUGUACUGGUAUGCAAGGAGUUGUGUGACAUGUGACAAGGUGCUGGAGGAGCUGGAGAAGAUAGACGACGACACGGACACCUUCGGAGUGGACUUCGUGAAGAUCAACGAUAAGCGGCUCGCGAAGCAGUAUGGCAUCACGAAAUUCCCCGCCCUCACGUAUUUCCGUGAGAAGGAACCGAUUAUUUACGAAGGAGAUCUCAUGGACGAAGAGAGCGUCCUGGAUUUCUUGACGAGUUUAGAAGCAAUGGACCUUCCUGAUCGGAUAGAAGAAGUCAACCAGAAGAUCCUGUCUAAAAUCAUCGAGGACACCAAUUACGUCGCUGUUCUCUUCUGUCCCGAUCACAAAAGUUGCGGCCCAUCAAACAAUAAGCCCGAAUGCAAAAAAUGUGCUAAAGCUCUCCAAGAGCUGGAGAACAUUGAUGAUGAGGCUGAUCAACUUGGAAUUGGCUUCGUAAAGAUCCACGACGAGGAACUAGCCGAGGAGUACAAUCUUGGAGAUUUGCCAAGAUUAGUGUACUACAGGCAUGAAAUACCUAUUAUCUAUGAAGGUGAGCUGAGCAGAGAGGAAGAUGUACUGGAAUGGCUGAUUGCAAACAAGUCAACUGGAGACGAAGAGGACGUCAUUGAGGAUGUUACAUCUAAAACGCUUAACACUCUUAUUGGAAACGUAGACAAUCUUGUAGUAUUAUUUUAUGAUCACGGCGAUGAAGACUCCAUGACUGUUUUGGGAGAGUUGGAGAAAAUAGAUGACGAUUGCGACCGGCAUGGUAUACAGUUCGUCAAAAUCGAUGAUACAAAGGCGGCAGAAGCUUUUGGCAUUGAUGAUUUGCCAUCUAUCGUGUACUUUGAAAAGCAGAUCCCCAACGUUUAUGACGGAAACUUAGAGAAUGAAGAAGAAAUCUUAGAGUGGCUGGUAGGUCAGCUGGAGAAAGAUGAAAUUGAAGAUGUUACCGAUGAAAUGCUUGAUCGUCUCAUUAAAGACGGAAAAACUGUUGCCGUGUUAUUUUAUGAUAAUAAUGAUCGGAAAUCUCAGAAAGUAUUAGGUGAACUGGAAAAUAUUGAUGAUGAAUGUGAUCAACUCGGCAUUGCAUUUGUAAAGAUUGAUAAUAACGAAGAAGCCAAAGAAUAUGGUAUAGAAAAAGUUCCGACUUUGUUAUACUUUGAAAAGGGCAUUCCAACUUAUUACGAGGGUAACCUUGAAGAAGAAGAAAAAGUUCUUGAAUGGCUAAGAUAUCAAUCUGAAAGUGAUGAAAUUGAAGACAUUACUGAUGAAAUGCUUGACUUGAUAAUCGAAAAAAUGCCGUAUGUCGCUGUACUGUUCUACGACAAAGACCAAAAGAAGAGCCAAAAAAUAUUAUCUGAGUUAGAAAAUAUUGAUGAUGAAUGUGAUCAAAAUGACAUUGCCUUUGUAAAGAUCGAUGACGAUGCUGAAGCUAAAGAAUAUGGUAUUGAGACUAUUCCAACAAUGGUGUUCUUUGAAAAGGGCAUUCCGCAUAUCUACGAAGGUGAUUUGAUGAAAGAAGAUGAAUUGUUGGGAUGGUUGCUUCAUCAAAAACGCCACAGUGAAAUACCUGAAGUAACGGAUGAAAUGAUGGAUAAACUAAUUGAAUCGACACCUUACUUGGCAGUAAUAUUUUAUGACAAAGAUGAUAAGCAAGACAUUAGGAUCCUUAACGAACUUGAAAAUAUUGAUGAUGAAUUAGAGAAAGAAGGCAUUGUAAUAGUAAGAAUGGAUAAUGAGGCGGAAGCAAAGGAAUUUGGUAUAGACCAUCUUCCUACUUUAGUAUAUUUCGAAGAAAAUAUUCCUGCAAUUUAUGAAGGAGAUCUAAUGAAUGAAGACGAAGUGUUAGAAUGGCUAAUCGAACAAAAAAACAGCGCAACUAUUGAGGAGGUUACAGAUGAAAUCUUAAGCGACCUCAUUGAGGAACAUGAAUAUGUCGUCGUAUACUUCAGUGGAAAUUGCGAAGAAGGUGAAGAGUGUGAUAAUAUCUUAGAUGAACUAGAAAAUAUAGAUGAUGAACUGGAUGAGACUGGCAUUAUCUUUGUCACUACAGAAGACAUAUCUCUUGCUAAAAAAUAUGGAAUUAAGACCUUCCCUGCUCUCGUAUUCUUCAGAAAUAAAGAUCCACUCAUAUAUAAAGGUGAUAUUGAAGAUGAGGAUGAAGUUCUAUCCUGGUUAACAGAUGAAAAUACUCUCGAAAUUCCUGGUAAAAUUGAAGAAGUCAAUUCAAGGAUGUUGGAAAAGAUAUUAGAAGAAAACGACCAUGUCGUUGUCUUUUUCUAUCAGGAAGGCGAUAAAAAAUCGCAAAAAAUUUUGAGCGAAUUAGAGAAUAUUGAUGAUGAAUGUGAAGAAAAAGAUAUCGAUUUUGUGAAGACAUCUGAUGAAGGAAUCGACAAAGAAUAUGAUCUCUCCGAUUUACCGUCUUUAGCAUUUUACAGGCAUAAAUUCAGAACAAUAUAUGAUGGCGAUCUGAUGCAUGAGGAGGCUAUUCUGAAAUGGGUUUUAGAUCUUCAUGAUUCUCAACCGGAUGUCAUAGAAAAUGUUGACAGGAAAACGCUAAAAGAUCUCAUUGAUGAUGUAGAACACUUGGCUGUAUUUUUCUAUAGUGAAGAUUGCGAUACAUGUGACGAAAUUUUAGAAGAAUUAGAGACCAUUGAUGAUGAUACGGAUAAGCAUGGUAUUCAGUUUGUUAAGUCAAAGGAUUCUAAAUUGGCAUCGGAUAUUGGAAUUUUCAGUUUUCCAGCUUUAGUUUACUAUGAAACUGGUGUUCCUAUUAUGUAUGAUGGAAAUCUAUUGGACGAAUCAGAGGUAUUAGAUUGGAUGGUCAAACAAAAAGAAGAUGAGAGUAUAGAAGAAAUAAAUAGAGAUAAGUUAUUCAAAUACAUAGAAACAAAGGAAUUUUUAGCUGUUGUUUUCUAUAAAGAAGAAGAUCCUGCUAGUCCUCGAAUUUUACGGCAUGUUGAAUUGAUCGAUGACGAAGCUGCUGAAUAUGGAAUAAAGAUAGUAAAAUGUAACGAUCGCUUGAUGGCAAAGAAAUAUGGCUUCCGCAAUCCACCUGGCAUUACGUACUUUAGAAAGAGCAAAUAUAUAAAUUACGAUGGUGAUAUAGAUGAUGAAGAGGAAAUUUUAGAUUGGUUAACUAACCCCGAAAACAUGGAACUCACAGAUCAUAUUGAAAAAGUUAACAAGAAAAUGUUUCAAAAGAUACGGCAAACAUCGGACUACGUCGCAGUAUUCUUUUACAGUAAUGACUGCAAACAGUGUCCUAGAGUGUUGGCCGAGAUUGAACAUAUUGAUGAUGACGCUGACGGAGCUGGUAUCAAUUUCGUAAAGAUUGAUGAUCGAAACAUGGCCAAAGAGUACGGAGUAUUUGCUCUUCCUGCAGUACUUUUUUUCAAGAUGGGAUCCAAGGAUCCAGUCAUUUAUGCUGGUGAUUUGUAUGAUGAACAGCAGUUAUUGAGUUGGCUACUUACACAAAAAAAUCCAGCUGGUGACGUUAUAGAAGCACUGGAAGGACAGGAUUUAAUUAACUUAAUUGAAGAGUCAAAUUCCUUGGCAGUUUAUUUUUGGAAUAAAACGUUAUGCGAAAUUUGUAAUUCCAAAACUAUGAGAAAGUCAAUGAAAAAGAAGGACAGAGACCAUGACGAGGAAGAAGGGCAGGAACAGGAGGAUGUGGGAAUUACAGAUGGACCUGAUUGUGAGCAAUGCGCUGGGAUCUUAGAGGAGUUGGAAAACAUUGAUGAUGAUUGCGACCGACAUGGCAUAAAAUUUGUCAAAACACAAGAUUACACAAUAGCUGAAUCGUAUGGAGUAACGGAUUUCCCUGUACUUGUUUAUUUUGAACAAAACAUACCUAAUGUAUAUGAAGGAGCAUUGGCAGAGGAAGAGGAGGUUCUACAAUGGUUGAUAACCCAAAAAACUGAAGAUCGCAUUGAACUAAUAACUAGAGUUAUGUUAGAAAAAAUGGUGGAGGAAACUCAGUACUUAGCUGUAUAUUUUUAUAAACUUAACUGUCAUAUAUGCGAUCACAUUUUGGAUGGAUUGGAAAGUAUCGACGACGAAUGCGAUGUUUAUGGUAUUCACAUGGUAAAAAUUCAAGAUCCGCAACUAGCAAAGCGGUAUUCCAUAAAGACUUUCCCAGCCAUGGUCUAUUUUAGAAAUGGCAAUCCUCUUCUUUUCGAAGGUGAUUUACAAAAUGAAGAGUCAAUACUAGAAUGGCUUAUUGAUGAUGAUAAUCGGGAACUAGCUGACGAAAUUGAAUCAGUUAACGAGAGGAUGUUGGAAAGACUACUGUACGAAUCACACUUACUGGUGGUUUUCUUCUAUGAUGAUGAGGAUUGUCCAGAAUGUGAAGAGAUUCUUGAAUCAUUAGAACAAAUCGAUGGAGAAGUAGAUCAGUAUGGCAUUGACUUCGUUAAAAUAGCAAGCCCUGAAGCAGCAGAAAAAUAUAAUGUAGUAAAUAUACCAUCUCUCUUAUAUUUCCGCAAGCAAGUACCGAUGCUCUACGAUGGCGACUUACAUCAAGUAGACAGAAUAUUACAAUGGUUGACUUCUCAGGACGUUUUUGAAAUUAAAAAUGAAAUUGAAGAAGUUAACAGAAAGAUGUUAGAUAAACUAUUAGAAGAGAAUGAAUUCUUAGCGGUUUAUUUCUAUGAAAAGUCCGUUGAGAGUCGUCUAGUGCUGGACAAAUUAGAAAAUAUUGAUAGUGAAACCGAUAAUUUGGAUAUCACAUUUGUCAAAAUGCAGGAUCCCAGAUAUGCUCGGAAAUGGGGUGUUACUAAGUUACCUGCUAUUGUAUACUUUAGAAAAAGGUUCCCAAGUAUAUAUAGAGGUGACCUGAUGUCUGAGGAAGAAGUAUUAGAAUGGCUACGAAAGAACAGAUUUAGACAACCGGAGCUGAAUAUCUUUAUGUAUGCAUUAAUCGCGCUAUCAAUAGCAUUUGUAAUGUAUACAGCAUUCUUACUUCAGUGUUUCAAACCAUCACCACCAGCGCCAACGCCUCAUCCAAAGCAAGCGUGAGACAAAUAGAUUCGCAACAUUCAAAGAAUUAUUUACUGUAAACUUAAACUUUAUUUUGAAUCAUCAGCCUUGUGAGGCUUCGGUUAAAAGAAAAAUCGACUUUGACGUUAAUAUCUAUUAGUCCACGUUGAUUUAUAUUAUCGAUCAAUUUUUUAUAAAGAAUUUUGAUUAUGGAUAGAUCAAAACUUAGACAAUUACAUUUCUUGGGAUCAACUUUACUAUGAUAGAGAUUUUAGACUACUAUCCUAAAAUAAGAUGAGAAUUACAGAUAUAAGCAAAGAUUCAUGUUAAGGUAUGUCAUCACUACUUGCCAUAAAUAUAUAGAUCAAUUCUAAAAACUUUUAUCUACAAAAGUUUUAGAAAGUCGUACUACAACCACUAGGACAUGCUAAGUGCGACAAAUUGCAACAUCUAUUUUGCUAUAUCUCUAACCAACGAGAAUGCUUAUAACCCCGACGCCAAAUAUAGCUUCAAAAAUUUGAACAUUUGUAAACAUUUUGAUAUAUUUUAAUUCACAGUGAAAUAAUUAACUGACAUUGUUAUUGAUUUAAUCUUGAUUAUGUUUCAAAAGAACAUUAUAAAAAAGCAUUGGAUUGAAAUCUAUAUUGAGAUUAUAUUUCAGAGAUAUGUUGGUCAUUAAAUGACUGGAAUCCAAUAUAAGCACACACAAUUGCAGACUUUAGAAUUCUGUAGAGUGCGUUUGAAAUCAAAACAAUAUUUCUGCAAUUUUUAAAUUCAUUCUCAAAGCAGAAUUAUUUUAUCCAAGUAAAGAAUCGCGACUUCACAAACAUUUGAUUACCUAUUUGAAGCAAUGUGUGGUGCCGGCUUUAUUUGUGAGGAACAGACAUUAAAAGUAGGUACUUUUUCUUCUUUUCUUGUUUAGAAAUAUGUGUAUUUGCCUCCUUUCGUUAUUAAAUCACAUAUUCUUUGAGAUAAUAGUGUCAUUGGUUAUUAAUGUAAAUUUCUCUUUAAUAAUGGCAUUUGAAAUAUACUAUUUACUAUAUUUAAGACUGUAUUACUUCUCGAUAGAAAUAUCUGUAUGGUUCUUUAGUGUGGAGUUUACAGUUUUCCAAUAUAUAUAUCUUACAUAUAUACCGUUUGAUUAUCUGCACCAUUACUGUCUUCUUUUAGUAUUAAUGAUAUUUAUAUAUAUUUAGGCUGUUAGGAUUCGUUGAGCCUUUGUUAAGUUUGUGUUUUUGGAGCUCUUGGUCAAAGUUGUCUAUGUAUAUGUUUUGUUAAGUAUGAUCAUUGAACUAUAAAACUUAUAUGCCUCCUUUACAUACUGUAUAAGUUUUUGAUAGGACCGUACUACUCAUCUAAUACAUAUUUAUAUAUAUUUUUUAGAUUAUAUAAACUCUAUAACAAUUUAUAUUUUUUUUAACUUUGCUCUUGAGCUCUAGUUUCGAGUGAUUGUCUAAAAGGCGGGAUCUGUACCGACGCUCGCAUGUUCCCACGGUACUUAGUUUAUUUUCUUAUCUAUAUAUUUAUAUACUGAGUGCAGUGUAUUGAUUAAGCAUCAGAUGUAAGGAGUAGGCUAGAAUUGUAACUAGAUAUUAAAUUAUAUGUGUAAGUUAGAUUUAAAAAUAUAUUUUUCUCUUACUUUCUAUUACCUACUGUUAUUGUUUUAAAAUACAAAUUUAUUUGAUUGUUUCUUAUCUCCAUGCCUCAUACAGUAAAUGAAUAUUAUAAUUUAAACAUAUUGAUAAGGAAGAGCUACCGUUCAGUAAUCAGACAAGAGGCCUAUAUUGAUGUAAAAUCGCAAUACGAAUGAGCAUAUCUGUAAUAUGUUAAAUCUAUGUCCUUUGUCAAUUGGUUUUAAAAGAAGAAGAUUCUCUAUUUCUUAUACUUCACCAAUUUUGUCAACUGGUUUUUAAAGAGGGAGAUUCUCUAUUUGUUAUACUUCA